AUGUUUUUGUCAAGGAUACCGAGGACAGCGCGCUGCUAUAACUCAAAUUUGGUGUUAGGGUCCUUCAGACGACUUGUCAGUUCCGGUGAAGCCACUGACAAAACAAGCACCAGCUCGCAACAGCUCUUCGUGGGGAACGCCCUUGACGAACUGUUAGAUGACUGGUCCAAGGAGACAUAUUCAUCUGCGUCUGAUGAUACUCUGAAAACGGAUUUCAAGCGGGAUGAUGGAAUGAUGAGGGAUCUGUUUAAGGACCUGGAAAGCAAUGUGGCUCACAUCUCAGAGAGGUCAUACAACCCGGAGCGGGAAAAGGCUACGUUAAUGGAUGUGUUGAGCUCAGCUUCGAAUCCGCUUGUAGAGACGCCUCAUUUUUCUAGUCCGAUCCGCGCAGAGACGCUUACAGAUGCAGAUUUCGAGAAGAGGGAAGAGGCCAGAAAGCAGAUGAUUGGUGCCCUCCAGCCAUCUUUUGAUGCUAUAAACGAGACCAUUCGUACCGACGAUGAAAUGGUGACGUUUAUCAGAGAAAAUAUUAUAGAGGAAUUCAAGCAGGAGUCUCGUACAACUCCGUUCACGAAGAAGACGAGUUUGAGCGAAAUCCGUGCCAAGUCGCUGGACACACCACUAGAACCACUGGUAUGCAGAGAGAGCAUAUCCACGCUGCUUGAGUUUGGGCUCACAUCAUUGGUGAACGACUUUGGCAGCUUUGAAGAAGCCAGAUACAUCUUCGAGUCCAUCCGCAGAGACAGCAUGCGAGCUGGAUCAGAGAAGUGCACCCAGGAGUUGUAUGUUCAUGGUUGUGACAGCUACGUUUACGUCUCAAUGCUAUCACUUGUGUGGAAAAACACUUCAAAUACCACGUUGGUUGCUCAAUUACUAAAGGAAAUGCUCACCAGUGGUAUCCGCCUGGACAUCAAAGCCAAGAUCAUAAUCUUGCAGAUCCAGAAUGAGCUCCACAUGACAACCAAUGAACAAAGUGUGAUCUUGCUGCACAGCAAACGAGAUGCGAACUUCAUAUCAAACGUUACCGAAGAAAGAGAGAAGCUGGAACGUCGGGCCAAGGUAAAAGCCGCACAGUCACGUGAUGAAGCCCGUGGUUUUGUUCGGCCCACGCACGCUGGUUGA